AAUUUUUCAAGGAGUGAAUGCAUGUAUCCUGCUGGUAUGGACUUUCCUCGCGAAGCUGGGAUGGUGUUGGUUCCAACGAGGUUUGUGUGGCCUUAUGGUGGCAGAAUUGUGUAUAUCGCCGGCUCAUUUACAGGGUGGACACAAUGGCCGAUGACACCGGUUGAGGGUUGCCCUACUGUGUUUCAGACGAUUUGUAGCUUGCCGCCUGGUUUUCACCAGCUGAUCGGUUACGAGAUUUUGUCUCUAUUCUCGCCUUCUUUUAGUUGCCCAUAUUUGGCCUUAUGUUUGUGUUGUCGAGUUGUUAUGGAUAAGUACAAGUUUAUGGUUGAUGGUGAAUGGAGGCAUGAUGAGCGCCAGCCUUUCAUUAGUAGUAACAUUGGAACAGUGAACACUAUCCUCUUAACUAGGGAACCUGAUUACGUGCCUCCAGUGCUGGGCUCAAGCAUGGAUGUUGACGAUGCCUUCCAGCGCAUGGUUCGUGAGUCAGAUGGAAGAUCUCCAGAGGCCUUCCCGACUUUAUCAGAGACAGAUUUAGAGAUAUCCAGGCACCGUGUUGCUGUAUUCAUGUCUACACACAUGGCUUAUGAGUUGCUACCUGAAUCUGGAAAGGUUAUUGCUUUGGAUGUUGAUUUGCCUGUGAAACAAGCGUUUCAUAUUCUUCAUGAGCAGGGUAUCUGUAUGGCGCCGUUGUGGAACUUCGCCAAGGGAAAAUUUGUUGGAGUUAUCAGUUCAUUGGACUUUAUUCUGAUUAUGAGAGAGGCUGGGCCGGAUGACAGUCUAAAGGAUGUUGCUUUGAAGAUUCUGCAAAAUGGUGUGGCCACUGUUCCCAUCCUUUAUUCGUCUUCACCAGAUGCCUCAAACCCACAUCUCUUGCAUCUUGCUUCACUUUCUGGGAUAUUAAAAUGUAUUUGUCGGUUCUUUAAGCAUUCCCCGAGCUCAUUGCCAAUACUUCAGUUGCCAAUCUAUGCAAUUCCGUUGGGGACGUGGGUUCCGAAAAUUGGGGAGGCAAAUCGACAGCCACUGGCAAUGUUGAGACCAAGUUCUUCGCUUAGUGCCGCUCUAAAUUUAUUAAUCCAAGCACAAGUUAGUUCAAUCCCGAUUGUUGAUGAUAACGACUCCUUGUUGGAUGUUUAUUCUCGGAGUGACAUAACUGCUCUGGCUAAAGACAAAAUCUAUGCGCAUAUUAAUCUUGACGAAACAACUAUUCAUCAGGCAUUGCAGUACAGGGAUGACCCAUUUUCACCAUACGGGUCCAAUACCCAGAGAUGUUUCAUGUGCUUGCGUUCUGAUCCUCUACAUAAGGUUCUGGAGAGAUUAUCUCAACCAGGGGUGAGAAGGAUUGUUGUUGUUGAAGCUGGAAGUAAACAUGUUGAAGGAAUCAUUUCAUUAGGCGAUGUUUUCCGGUUUCUCAUG